GCCAGAUUCGGCAGCAUGACUUACCUUUUAAACACCGAUCACAGGGAUCCUCCAUCAUUUCCUCGUCCAACGGAGUGGUUCACAUUUCAGAAAAUGGCGUCUGGCGGGGGAUGGUCUAGUUUUGCGUUACUUAUAUCGACUGUCAUAUUACUGCAAGUUUUUAAUGUAUCAGGAAAGGAAUUUAAACUGUAUGCUUUUGAAUUCAUUACUCCAAAUAUCCACCGCACUAAUGCGCGAAGUGGCGCAGAGAGGGAGCUAGCUGUCGCCCUAAACACUGGCGACAUGAUCAAACUUGUUUUCUGUUUAACCGAGAAAGCCGAUGUACAGGUUUCGGGAAUAGUCCUUUCAAACGAUGGUGGGGAGGAUGAAUUAUCCAUUUUAUUAGACUGGGAUGAAGUUGGAACCACCAGGUCUAAAUACACUCAACUGUCGGGACAAGGUUGGAAUGUAUUUGAGGCCACAAAUCCCGUGGGCCUGAGGAGGACAUUGGCUGCUGGGCGUCAUAGCGUCACCGUCAAUGUGACGUCAUCUGAUGAAUUUGGUGUGGAACUGGAUGCUGUCAUGAUCAAGGUUAGUGACGAAGACCUGAACGAGGAAGCGUUUACAUGUAACGUAUUUUGCUUCAAUGACAUAACAUAUGCUCAUGUGGAGGGCAAGGAUUUUAUCGGGAGUGCCCGGAUGGAACAGAGGAGCAACCGGACAGAUUGUGCCGAGGAAGAUAAUAUCCGCAUUCCAUUCUACCACAGCCGUAUCACUAAGUUUGAGGUAAAAGCAAUGCAUCCUAAAUAUAAAGCAUUCGUUAAUAACCGAGAAUCUGAUUUCACUAACUGUAGGAUGGUAAAUGAUCUUCUUUGGCGGUUUGAAAACCUAACAUAUCCAUUUUCUAUGAAGCAAUUCAAACGAGGAAAAGCAAUCGUCACCCAUGAUAAAAACGAUGACCAUAACAUUAUUGUGACGUUCUUCAGUCCGGAUGGCCCCAGAAAAGGGGUGGUCGAUUCUGAAAUAGGGUCUCAACUUUAUCUGGAGCUUAGAAGUGUUGUGGCUCCAAUCGAAAUAGGAUUUACAUACUAUGGGAGGAAGAAGGAAUGGACUGUACCUGAAUUUAUAACAUUCUCUCCAGAUAAAGUCAAUCAUACUUGGCAUAUACCAGACUACACAUGGAACGAAAGCCCAGAAAACAUUAUUCGUCUAUUGUUGCCUCUUGAACUUCCUUUCGAAAUCGAUGUAGCAAUUAUCUCUCUGAAUAAAAGAAAGACAAAGGAGGAUACCGCGUUCAAAGUUUUUGAUAAUUCAGAGAAAAUUAUCGAGGGAGUAAAUGUAGACUUUUUCUGGCGAUCGGAUGGUGAAAUGGUUGUUAAAAUGAAGGAUUCAGGAGAGGUCUACACUGGCGCCGAUUACGUCAGGAUAUACACACAUUUGCCAUGGGGAAACCAAGAAUUCUCUCAGGUUUUUGUUCUUUAUCGGGACGGCAACUUUCGGAUUCUACCUUUGACACCUCCUGGUGUCGACUGGAUUCCAUUCGGAUCAUCUCUUAUAAUUGGUGAGACAGACCCAGAUUAUGAGCGCCCAUUUGCAUCCAUUUCCGAAGUAGAAAUUGACGUCAAGAAAAACAUCCUUAAUUUGACGUACGCUAACGGAAAUACCGUAACAAUAGAACUUCAUAUUGCAUUUGCUGAAACCUCUCUCACCGUUACAAACAUCAAUUUCAAAAAUAGAAGUCUUUUUCCAUUUAUGAUUUACAAUUCGAUGUGGGUUUCUGACGGAAAUGCAGACGUAGAUCGCGUGAGGGUGAAUGGAAACGAGGCUCGCCGUAUUAUGGCAGACUGGCGACACUUGUAUGGCACUUCCGUCGCAUUCUAUCGGCAGUGUUUAUCGCGACACAACACAAUGAGUCCCGAUAUUCGCGUGGAACUUCUGGAGGAGGAAUGAAAAUGGACCAGAUAUGACCAGUGAUCUCUGGAAAUCCCAUACACAAUUGGCGAGGGAAAGAACUUCUGGUAAAUGAAUAAAAAUAGUGCUUAAUCGCGGACAGGUAAACGUCAAAUUUAAAUAGCAUACUGGCUAAGUUUGACAGGACGAUGUACUCUCUCCUAAGUUGGAAUCGCUUUGAUUUUAUAAACUGAGCGAGUAUUCUCAUGAACAAAUCGUCCUGUGUGUGAACUGUAUGUUAACAACUUGGAACUCUGAUUUUAAAAAUUAUUUAAAAACAAAUUAAGCGAUGUUAGUGUCUCGUGUAUAUGUAAACGUGUAAACUAGGUGACCCAAGAAACUUUUUAUGAUGUCAGUUAUAAUAACUAUAAACGCACAUUUUCAUUAACUUUACGGUAAUGAUUAAAAUCAGUGUCGUCAACAAUUACACUCAUCUCAAUAGAAUCGUCAAGGAAAAGAUAAAGGACGCAUACUUUCCGAACAAUAGUUUAUAUUGUUGCGGUAAUGAAGUCGUCAUUAGUGUUAAUGUUUUACGGCCUAUCGACAAUUUGAGUCAUUUAGGGCCAAGUCGUCACUGAUCAAAGCUUAGAUGAUGAUCAUUUGUCAAAUCAAAGACGAGAAUGCGGUGUUUGGUUAUCCGCUGAAGUUAUCUCACAUUUUAUUUAUUCCUUUUGUUAAUUUAUAAACACUUACAGUACUGUACUUGUAAAAUAAAUGUAACCUUUGUUUUCUUCAAAUUAUCGUUCCUCUAUAUAAAGUGAGACAAUUCCAAUCACAUUUGAUGAAUUUGAUCUACAAUACAUGUACACAUAUCGCUUACAUCCAGCUCUUGUUUCUAUCAAGGGGUUCUUUAUUUCGUACGGAUUUUCAAGAACCCAUAAGUCUUCACAAACUAACAAUACAUUGUACAAUAAGUGGAAUAAGUUUUCACAAACUAACAAUACAUUGUACAAUAAAUGGAAUAAGUCUUUACAAACUAACAAUACAUUGUGGAAUAAGUCUUCACAAACUAACAAUACAUUGUAUAAUAAGUGGAAUAAGUCUUCACAAACUAACAAUUCAUUGUACAAUAAGUGGAAUACGUCUUCACAAACUAACAAUACAUUGUACAAUAAGUAGAAUAAGUCUUCACAAACUAACAAUACAUUGUACAAUAAGUGGAAUACGUCUUCACAAACUAACAAUUCAUUGUACAAUAAGUGGAAUACGUCUUCACAAACUAACAAAACAUUGUACAAUAAGUAGAAUAAGUCUUCACAAACUAACAAAACAUUGUACAAUAAGUAGAAUAAGUCUUCACAAACUAACAAUACAUUGUACAAUAAGUGGAAUACGUCUUCACAAACUAACAAUUCAUUGUACAAUAAGUGGAAUACGUCUUCACAAACUAACAAAACAUUGUACAAUAAGUAGAAUAAGUCUUCACAAACUAACAAAACAUUGUAGAAUAAGUUGAAUGAGUCUUCACAAACUAACAAUACAUUGUACAAUAAGUAGAAUAAGUCUUCACAAACUAACAAUACAUUGUACAAUAAGUGGAAUACGUCUUCACAAACUAACAAUUCAUUGUACAAUAAGUGGAAUACGUCUUCACAAACUAACAAAACAUUGUACAAUAAGUAGAAUAAGUCUUCACAAACUAACAAAACAUUGUACAAUAAGUAAAAUAAGUCUUCACAAACUAACAAUACACUGUACAAUAAGUGGAAUGCGUCUUCACAAACUAACAAUUCAUUGUACAAUAAGUGGAAUACGUCUUCACAAACUAACAAAACAUUGUAGAAUAAGUCUUCACAAACUAACAAAACAUUGUAGAAUAAGUUGAAUGAGUCUUCACAAACUAACAAUACAUUGUACAAUAAGUAGAAUAAGUCUUCACAAACUAACAAAACAUUGUACAAUAAAUGGAAUAAGUCUUUACAAACUAACAAAACAUUGUAUAAUAAGUGGAAUACGUCUUCACAAACUAACAAAACAUUGUACAAUAAGUAGAAUAAGUCUUCACAAACUAACAAAACAUUGUACAAUGAGUGGAAUAAGUCUUCACAAACUAACAAAACAUUGUACAAUAAGUAGAAUAAGUCUUCACAAACUAACAAUACAUUGUACAAUAUGUGAAAUAAUUCUUUAAAUCUAACAAUACACUGUACAAUGAGUGGAAUAAGUCUUUACAACUAACAAUACACUGUACACUAAGUAAAGUAAGUCUUUACAACUAACAAUAAACUGUACAAUGAGCGGAGUAUUUCUUUUAAGUUAACAAUACACUGUACAACGUCGGUGACGAGUAGUACCACCUGACCUUUUAUUAUAGACACGUAUCUUCAGUAAAACCAGUAAAAUCACUGAUGCUUGAUCUAAUCAUCAUUUAUCUAUUGUCAUGUACAGGAAGACAAUGUUUUUUGCUAUAAAUUACGUGUGACGUCACCAGAGACGUACAAUUAAAGUGACAGGUGUUCAUUUUAGGUGACAUACACAUGUGUUUUAGUAUAUUAGCUGUUAGUAAACCUUAAAAAAAUGGAAUGACAGUAUUUAGAUUUGUCAUAUAGUGUGUUACAGCCUGUUAUUAACGUACAAUGUUACAAUAUUGGUGCUAAAAUUGUAUAUAUCCAACAUACACAAAUAAAGGCUUGUAGGAAAAUGAA